AUGCUCGCCAAGAACUUCGUCCUCAUCAGCGGGCUCGCUGCCCUCGCCUUCGCCGAUCCCAUUCCUCAAGACUUCGAUGGAUCCUCCGUCGACGCGGCACUUGCCUCGGCCACCAGCCUCCUAAACCUUCUCUCGGACCUCCCAACUCUCCCAGCGUCCGUUGCAUCUGUGAUAGCCACCGCUGCCCCAUCAGUUAUCCAGGGCGACAUGUGCGAGCUCGCCACAGGAACUCCCGCCUGGUACAAGACUCUUCCCGCGGACGUCAAGAGCGCGCUGAAAAGUUACGAGAGUGCCGUAUCGAGCUGGUCCAAGUUACACUCCUCGCAACUGGCAGCCCUUCCAAGCGCUCCUGGGCCCGCUGCCUGCACAGGUGCUGCUGCUCCUACCGGAGCAGCUGGAGCUACAACUGGAGCUGGAAAGGGUGCUGCAACUGGGACUGCAACCGGAGCGGCUGAGUCUGCAACCAAAGCAGCGGGUGCUGCCCCGUCGGCGGCGGUGGUAGGGAGCCUUGCCGGUGCUCUUGGAAUGGUGGGCAUCAUGUUGGCAUUGUAA